UGCUAAAGGGAUGACUUGUGAUUUAAUUUUGUUGUAAAUAAUGACAGAGUUUAUUUCUAAGAAUGAGUUGAGCUUUGUCCAUUUGUGUUGUGAUGUUUGGCUUUAGAAACUUUUUGUUCAAGUGCUGCUGGCGACGAGGCGAAAUGCACACGGCCAGUGCAGAGGGACAGUACCGAGGCACCAACGGCUCCACCCACGGCCGUGACAAGGUCGCCAUCUUGGAUGCCGGCUCGCAGUAUGGGAAGGUGAUAGACCGCCGCGUGCGCGAGUUAUGCGUGGAAUCAGACAUAUUGCCUUUGGACACGCCCGCCUACCAUCUCAAGGAGGCCGGGUACCGCGCCAUCAUCAUAUCGGGCGGGCCCAACUCGGUGUAUGCAGAGGACGCGCCUAGAUACGAUGCGGACAUAUUCAAGAUCGGCUUGCCGGUGCUUGGUAUAUGCUACGGCAUGCAGAUGUUGAACAAGGAGUUUGGCGGGUCCGUGCUCCGUAAGGAAGCCCGCGAGGACGGCCAGUACGAAGUCGAGGUGGAAACCACUUGUCCCCUCUUCAAUCGCCUAGAGAAGCUGCAGCCAGUGCUGUUGACACACGGCGACAGCGUCCAAAAAGUGGGCGAGAGGUUCCGCGUGGGCGCGCAGUCGUCCAACCACCUGAUCGCGGCCAUCUACAACGAGCAGAUGCGGCUUUAUGGCGUGCAGUUUCACCCUGAGGUGGACCUAACCCCCAAAGGCAAGCAGAUGCUAUCGAACUUCUUGUUCGACAUCGCCGGGCUGUCGCGAACGUUCACGCUGCGCUCGCGCCGCGAGGCAUGCAUACAGUACAUACGGGAUACUGUGGGAGAGAACAACAAAGUUCUGGUGUUGGUGAGCGGCGGCGUAGACUCCACCGUGUGCGCCGCGCUGAUCAGAACAGCCCUGCGGGAGGACCAGGUCAUCGCCCUACACAUAGACAAUGGAUUCAUGCGUAAAAACGAAAGCAGCAAAGUGGAAAGGUGUCUUCGGGAUCUUGGAGUACGUCUACACGUCGUCAACGCUGCACAUCAGUUCCGGCAAGGCAGCACGGUGGUCCGCGAAGCAGGCGGUCGCACGCGUCACACUCCCUUGUUAUGCCACACCGCCGCGCCCGAAGACAAGCGCAAGAUCAUAGGAGACGUGUUCAUCCGCGUCGCCGAGCAGGCCGUGCGCGACCUCGAGCUGCAGGAGGACCAAGUGCUCCUAGGCCAAGGCACUCUCCGGCCGGACUUGAUCGAGUCGGCAUCAGCUUUGUGCAGCAACAACGCCGCCACCAUCAAGACGCACCACAACGACACAGAGCUCGUCCGUCUGCUUAGACAGCGCGGCCGCGUCGUCGAGCCGCUCAAGGACUUCCACAAGGACGAGGUGCGAGCGUUGGGUGUGGAGCUUGGGCUGCCGGCGGCGCUGGUGGAGCGGCACCCGUUCCCGGGGCCCGGGCUGGCCGUGCGCGUGCUGUGCCAGGACGAGCCCUACGCCGAGCGGGACUUCGCCGAGACACAGGUGAUAGUGAAGAUAAUGGUGGAAUACGCAUCGAUGUGCGUGAAGUCGCACGCGCUGCUCGGCCGCGUCGUCAACGCCAGCACGCCGCUCGAGCAGCAGGAGCUCAAGCGCAUCUCCUCCAAGUCGCAGGUGGCUGCCACAUUAUUGCCGCUAAGGACCGUGGGAGUGCAAGGUGACUGCCGGACAUAUAGUUACGCGGUGGCGCUGUCGACGGAGCGCUACCCGCCGGACUGGGCCGAUAUGCAUUACUUGGCUAAGCUCAUCCCGCGCGUCUGCCACAACGUCAACAGGGUCUGCUACGCCUUCGGCGGCAUCAUCAAGGAGCAGGUGACGGAUAUCACGCCCACCUUCCUAUCGCAGCAGGUCGUGUCUACCAUCCGCCAGGCAGACGACAUCGCGACACAGGUGUUGAUAUCAAGCGGUUACGCCGGGCGUAUCGCCCAAAUGCCCGUCGUGCUCAUCCCGAUCCACUUCGACCGCGACGCCGCGGUCCGCGCGGCCUCGUGCCAGCGCUCGCUCGUGCUACGGCCCUUCCUGUCCGCAGACUUCAUGACUGGCGUCGCAGCUCUGCCAGGAUCAGCCGCCAUGCCGCAAGACGUGGUGGACCGAAUGCGCAAGGAACUGCAGUCGGUGCCGGGCAUCUCUCGCGUGCUGUAUGACCUGACGCCGAAGCCUCCCGCCACCACCGAGUGGGAAUGAUGACGCGACGCAUUUUGUACCUUUUUUUACUGAACGAACGCACCGCACGCAGUGGUCCCUCUCCGUUCAUUCCGUUCCGUUCACAGGCUGCGGUCUCGGCUGAAGUUCAGAUCGGUUUUUUUUAAUUCGCUAAGGCCAAGGUGAAAAACCGUGCCGUCCGUUGACUAUAUGCGCAAAUCUGUCGAGUUAUAAAAAUAUAAAACCUAGAUUCUACUCGGUCUUUUUCACUCGUGUCGGUAAGAUGGAAGAGAGGUGGAUGACCUGAUAUUAGUUUUGCGGGUAGAGCAACUUCCUUUUACAAUAUGACCAUGACAUAACGUCAAACAUCCGUGAUUUCAUAACCUGUAGGUACAAUACAAAAAUAUAAUGAAUUAUUUGUUAUUGAUGAAUAAAUGUAUUGCAUUCAAUUCUUCCAUUAGAUAAAUUGUUUCCAAUUAGAUAUUUUAAAUUCGUUACCCACAAGUAGCCUUAUGAGGAUAGAAACUUCACACUUAUAAAACAGACUGUUUCUAUCAUGCGCACGAAAUGCUAGCACUUACCAUACGUUACGAUCAUUUGAAGGUAAAUAGACCGCAGCCAAUCAGUCCUAUAAGGCCUAGUCUCUAUCAUUGCGUUGAACUAGGAAAAUAGGGAAUUUGUAGCAAUAAAAUAUAUGGCUAGGAAUAGAUCGCCAAACCGCACAUGAUUGAGACGAGGCCGUUAGCGCUACAUCAACCAGUUAUGUUAGGUUUUGAUUUGGUUAGGUGAAAAACUUCUCAAAUCUAAACAAUUAGGUAUCGAUCAGACAUUUUUACUGUCAAUUACUAACAUUUGGCAAUCACGAAACAACCUACCUCGUAAAAGCACAGCGUGAAGACACUGUUUGUUAUUUUGUAAGGGAUUUGUACAUAAUCGUUUAUCUGAGGCUACUCGAUAUCUGUGUGUACCAUUGGAGUUUUAAUUGGUAAAUUGUUAGAAAAUAAAGUGCCUAAUUCUUUAUAGCACUUCUGGCGUGCAAAUAUGCGAUCUCGCCAAUCGCCAUUUCUCUUUAAUAUUAUAAUCUACUUCCCUAGGAAAUGCCAGUUCGCGAGAUUCGGGGAUAGUACGCUAGCCUUUCUAAUUCUUCCAUACAAAAUAAUGGUUUUAUUUUUCAAUUUUUUUAUGUGAAAAGUCGCCCCCGCUCAGGCAUAUUCUAUGAAAUGAAUGCAAUUUUAGUAAAUGUUUGUAAUUAUCACUAUGAUAUCUUAGCAAUAUAAUCAUUUAGUUUGCCUGAAUGGGGUUUAAACGCUUAACUAAUUUUGUAACACAUUUGUAUAUUGCCACAUUUUGGACCACUGCUUGUAUAAUGAAGUUUUGUAAAUACAUUUCUGUAACACAUGAUACAUUGGUGUCGCAUGUUGUUGUUAGCUCCACUGAUCGGUUUUGUAACAUGUAUGUAGUAAUUUAUUGUCAAAGGCUGUGUAAAAUUUUAUAAAAAGCCCAAGAUUAUUCCGCGCGACAAGGUUAUUAUAAUGAAUCUUGUAAAUCGAAGACACUGUUUUAUGGAAUGGUUCAGUGUUAUUGACUGGAAGUUUCAUAAUAAAAUUAUAUUAUGCUUUAUUUUCA